AUGAUGGCGGCUAAAUCAGACGGAGUGCUGAAGAUGAAGAAGAGCGACGUGGCCUUCACGCCGCUGCACAACUCAGAGCACGCGGGCUCGGUGCAGGGGCUGCACGUGGGCGCUCAGGCGGACCCGGGGCCAGGUCUGGGGCCCGCGGAGGGGGACUUCGUGAACGGGGACUCGCGCUGCUGCGGGCCGCGCUCCGCGUGCAUGCGCCCGGGCUCCGAGCAGCGGUACUCGGUGUGGGACGCGCUGUGGGUGCUGGCCGCCGUGGCCGUGUACGUGGCGGACGUGGGCACGGACGUGUGGCUGUCGGUGGACUACUACCUCCGGCGGGACUACUGGUGGUUCGGCCUCACGCUCUUCUUUGUGGUGCUCGGUUCUUUCUCGGUGCAGCUCUUCAGUUUCCGCUGGUUCGUUCAUGACUUCAGCACCGAGAGUCCCGCGGGCUGCGCCGCGGAGUGCACACAGCUGGACGGGAACAAGCUGCUGAGCUGCUCGGCCUCUCACGCGGACGUCCGGGGACCACAGCCCUCCACCCCGCAGAGACAGGCCUCCACAGCGAGUAAGAACACCACCACCGGCAGCACGGCCACCGGCACCGGGAUCCCCGAGGCCCGCAGACCCGCGUACCGCUGCUGCGUGUGGGUCUGCCAGUCCGUGAUCCACAUCCUGCAGCUGGGCCAGGUCUGGAGAUACUUCCACACGAUCUACCUUGGGAUCCGCAGCAGACGUUCUUCAGACUCAGAGCACUGGAGGUUCCACUGGAGGAUGGUGUAUGAGUUUGCAGACGUGAGCAUGCUCCACCUUCUGGCCACGUUCCUGGAGAGUGCUCCUCAGCUCGUGCUCCAGCUCUGCAUCAUCAUCCAGACGUACAAACUGCAGCCCGUGCAAGGUAUGACAGCUGCUGCCUCGUUGGUGUCUCUGGCGUGGGCUCUGGCCUCGUAUCAGAAGUCCCUGCGUGAGUCUCGGGAAGAUAAACGCUCCAUGAGUUACCUGGGCGUGUCUCUUCAGUUCUGUUGGCAUUUCUUCACGAUGGCGGCGCGUGUCAUCACCUUCGCCCUCUUCGCCUCCGUGUUCCAGCUCUACUUCGGCCUCUUCAUCGUCCUGCACUGGUGCGUCAUGACCUUCUGGAUUGUUCACUGUGAGACUGACUACUGCAUCACCAAGUGGGAGGAGAUCGUGUUCGACAUGGUGGUGGGCAUCAUCUACAUCUUCUCCUGGUUCAACGUCAAAGAGGGACGCACACGGUUCCGGUUGUUCAUCUACUACCUGGUGAUCCUGGUGGAGAACGCGGCGCUCAGUACUCUGUGGUACCUGUACCGAGCUCCGCACUCCACCGACGCCUUCGCCGUCCCCGCCCUCUGUGUCAUCUUCAGCUCCUUCUUCACCGGAGUCCUGUUCAUGCUCAUGUACUACGCCUUCUUCCACCCCAACGGCCCGCGCUUCGGUCGCUCCCCCAGCGGCCAGGGCCUCAACCUCGACCCCACCGCGCACUUCUCCACGCUGCCAUCGGAGGGCGCCACCAACUCGCUUCGAUCCAACCGCGGAGGAGCGCUGUCCACUCUGGAGCGGGAGAAGGCUUCGGUGACGGACGGGAGCGCCGCGGUUUUCCAGGUUCGACCCACUGCUCCCUCCACGCCCUCGUCCCGCCCGCCCCGACUCGAAGAAACUGUAAUCAAGAUCGACCUUUGCCGGAACAGGUAUCCGGCCUGGGAACGUCAUGUUCUAGACCGCAGCAUCCGGAAGGCCAUCCUCGCCGUGGACUGCUCGCUGACUCCCCCUAGGCUCCAGUACAAGGACGACGCGCUGGUCCAGGAAAGGCUAGAGUAUGAGACGACGCUAUAG